AAAUGAUAAAUAGACAAAGGGUCAUUUCUCAAAUUGAGAACUCAAAGAAGCUUAUCAGCCUCCCCUCCCCUCGCCUCCCCUCCCCUUUCCAUCACGAGUUGAGUCGACAACAAAAGAUAGUAUCUAUAAUUUCAAAGGGGAAUGAAAGAGUAUGAGAGGGUUUUAUUCUGUAGCUUCAAGGGCUUCUUCACCUGCUUUCACCAAUCUCUCUAAACAAAAUCAAGAUUUCUUCACUCCAAAACCCUCAACAAAUAGCAGCACUCAACAAAGUUCACUCGGCAAGCCUUCAUUGAAUUUGGAUUCCAACACUUCCAUAGCUGCUAAAAAUCGGAACUUUCGAACAAGUGUUAUUGAUCAUCAGUAUUUUACCCAGAUUCUUGCCAGAAAAGACUGGUAUUUAUUGCUAAACCAUGAGUAUAAAAGCAAGAGGGUUACUUUGAAUCAGCAAGCAGUUGUAAGUAUUUUGCAAAAUCAAGAAAACCCAUUGCACCCUUUUAGAUUUUACAUCUGGGUUUUGAAUCUCUGUCCUUCUUUUGCGAAGAAUCAAUCAGUUAAGGUGGUUUUAGGUAAUGUACUUUAUAGGAAAGGUCCCCUUUUGUUGUCAGCUGAGCUUGUUCAAGAUAUCAGAAACUCUGGAAAUGUAAUUACUGUGGACUUGCUUUGUGUUCUGAUUGGUAGUUGGGGGAGAUUAGGAUUGGGGAAGUAUUGUGCUAAUAUUUUGGAGCAGGUUUCUUAUUUGGGGCUCGCUCCUAGUACUAGGUUGUAUAAUGCGGUAAUCGAUGCAUUGAUCAAGUGCAAUUCACUUGACUUAGCCUAUUUAAAGUUUCAGCAAAUGCAGGUUGAUAACUGUAAUCCAGAUAAGUUUACAUAUAAUAUUCUCAUUCAUGGAGUUUGUAAAGCUGGGGUUGUGGAGGAGGCGCUUCGUCUGGUGAAACAGAUGGAAGGAGUGGGAUACUCUCCCAAUGUGUUUACUUACACAAUUUUGGUUGAUGGGUUUUGUAAUGCUAAAAGGUUGGACGAGGCAUUUGAAUUAUUCGGGGUAAUGAAGAUCAGGGGUAUUGUUCCAAAUGAAGCUACUGUAAGAUCAUUGGUUAAUGGGGUAUUUCGUUGUAUCCCACCAUAUAAGGGCUUUGAGUUGUUAACCAGAUGGUUAGAGAAAGAACCUACCUUACCUAAUGUAGCAUGUUCAUCCAUGUUACAUUGCAUUAGUACUAAUUAUUUUGCAAGAGAAGCAGCUCAACUUUUAAGAAUAUCAAUUGAUAGAGGUUACAUCCUGGAUAACUCAACUCUUAACAUUGUACUUACUUGUUUAAUCAAAGGAUUAGAGCUUGAUGAUACUUGUCAGAUGUUAGACUUCAUCACUGUUCGAGGAGUGAAGGUUAGUGUUGAUAUUUAUCUUGCACUUGCUGAUGCCCUUUAUAAAGCAGGGAGAGUAGAACAGGGGAACAAAUAUUUGGACCAGAUGUUUAAGGAUGGUCUUGUAUCCAACACAUUCUUCUAUAACCGGGUCAUUGAUUGCUUUUGCAAGGUCAAAAUGAUGGACAAGGCAUCAGAUGCUUUCAAAGAUAUGCUUCAGAGAGGAGUCAAUCCUAAUGUUGUAACUUUUAACACUCUUAUUAGUGGAUAUUCCAAGGUAGGGGAGGUUAAAAUGGUACAUGAGAUACUAAGCAUACUACUGGAACAUGGUUUUCGACCAGACAUUUUCACGUUUAGUUCAAUGAUUGAUGGCCUUUGUAGAGCAAACCGCAUUGACGAUGCUUUAGACUGUCUCACGGAGAUGGUAGAAUGGGGAGUUACUCCAAAUGCUGUUACAUACAAUAUCUUAAUUCGUGCACUUUGUGUCCUUGGGGAUGUUGGUAGAUCACUGAAAUUAUUAAGAAACAUGCAAGGUGAUGGAAUAAAGGCAGAUGUUUUCUGCUUCAAUGCGUUAGUUCAAAGUUUUUGUAGGUUGAAUAAGAUUGACGAGGCACAAAGGCUUCUGGAAAGCAUGUUGACGCUGGAUUUGUGCCCUGAUAAUCAUACUUAUGGUGCUUUUAUCAGGGCCUUAUGUAACUCAGGGAGAUUUGAUGAAGCUAAGAACUUGUUUUUUUCAAUGGAAGCAAAUGGAUGCAUCCCCGAUAUUUUGACAUUUAAACUAUAUCUUGAUUUAAUUAUUCAAUCAGGUCGUAUUGAAGAAGCUCAGGAUGUGUUAAGGGAGUGCGGGAAAAGGGGAAUGCUAUUGGAACACAUUAUUUCUUCAUAGUAUCUUUGGUUUAAGAGUGAUUAUGUCUUAAAGCUCACAAGCUACGCUGCUUGUUGGGCAAUCAUGGACGGAACCUUGCUUUUGACCCAUCAGGCUGGCCUAAUAUACUAUAGAUAUUUGAAGUGUGAUUCCCUGCUGUAGUUCACGUUUGGAUAACUCUUGCUGAACAACUUUAUACCAUAAGAUUGAGGUGGUGUUGCCUAGCUAUCACAAUGUUAGGUACCUACAUAAGAUAUGUUACACAGGCACUCCAAGUCUCAUGGCUACAUAUGAACACCUUUUACUUUUAAUAGACGUCUGCUAUACCUCUUGAGUCUUUAGCUUCAAAGGAAUUCCAAUCUUUUAGCUGUUGAAAGUUGAUAGAAUUCUCCGCCACUGAGCUCUACUUUAGGAAGGGAAUGAGCUGAGAUUGGGAAAACAUAUGGUGAUGCUUAUAUUAAACACCUCUCUUGAUCUUAAGAAAUCUGAUUUUCCUUCCAAGGACCUGACUAAAGGGAAAAGAAGGAAGUUCCUGGCGUGUAACAAUGACAAAUCCGAAAUGGAGUUUUCUACCCGUUGUAGAUAAUUCACUGUGAGUAUGAAGAUGGAGCUCCUUGUUUAGAUCUCAUACAUUAAACCUGGGUAUUAGUUUGUAUAAAGGUUUUUCUCUGACUUCCUACAUGGUGAAGAGACUUUUUCUUCUAGUUUAUCUUUAUUCUUGUCUAGGUGGAGUUCACAGUACUCGUGAGUCGUGACUGAUUUCAGUGUGUGUUCAUGCAGCUUCUGGCAGCUUCUGUGAAGUUUUUUCUCUACUAAUUUCCUUUACCCAUGUGAAGAGGGCAGGGCAUAAGCUAACAAGCAGUAUAUGUUCCUACGUGUGGUUUAAGCCUCUCAUCAUGUAGGAUAUGGAGAUAUUUGAGCGCCUAUGUCAUUUGAGAACUUUUAGCUCAGCAUGUAUAAUUUUUUUUCUUUUAAAAAAAGUAUCGAUGUAAUGUUCUAAGUUGGCCUUUUGAGGCUAGGAUGGUUAUUCUUUUGGGAUUUAAAGGGGACAUGUACAAUGACAAGUUCAUCGCUACUCGGUACUUAGCCGAGCAGAUUAGUAAAAGAAAGAUUUCGAAGAAGUGAUGCUGUCCCUUGUAACAUUUCCAAAAUGGAAGCUGGGAUUGGUCCUUGACCAUAUUUCAUUAUUUCUCCAAAAGUCCUGGCUAAGCAAUCAUCAAGACACAAUCCCCUGUAUCAAUGUAUUUCUGUUAGUGCGUGUAUGAGGAGCCGUUGCAAGUUCCUCUUGGAAGUUUGUUGAAUUGUGAAUUAAUCUGUAUUAGCAAUUAGUCUGUUUGUUCUCUGACAUAUAAUAUUUCAUUAAUGCGAACACAUCAACACGAAUUCUUGA